UGAUGGCAUGGUUAUCGUGAAUCAAGGGAGGUUUUGUUUGUCGUCACGCCAACCGUGGUCAAUACAUCAAGAGGAGGAAUCACCUCUUCCCUCCAAUCAUACCCAUGAGUUGUCGCCGACGUUCUCGCUCGUUCGUUGCGGACAGAAAGCACCCAACCUCCAUUCUCCUCAUUCCUUAACCAUUCCCAGCUCUCUCUCUCUCUCUCGUUGUGCCUUCUGAGAAGAAGAAAACGAUUUGAAGAAGGCUCAUCGACGAUGUUUUGGUUCAAACAGAUCACCAAAUUCCUCUGAUUUCACGUGUAUUUCUUGUUGUCUUUUGGGUAUCUACCAGAUCGAAUUCUUCGACCGGAAAAUGGGCUUUCCAGGCAGAUUUUCUGCCUGAUUAUUGAGAAGAAGGUCGUUUCUUCUUUUGAGUUGAAUGUACCAACCAAAGGAAAAUAAGUUUUCUCGAUGGUUGGAAGCAACUACUCAAUGGGCCAGUUUCUUGAAUUAAGAACCGCGAGAGUUUGCUAUGAUGUUAUUUGUCUGAGAUGAACAGAAAAUGUGAAUUUGGGUGCUGUAUGUCGAGCUAGAUCCAUUUGGAAUUGAAUUUGGCUCCGGCGUCUUCUGAACCGUACCAUGCAGGAAUCGAUCCCGAUCCCCGCAUGCUUUACCGGCGACAAGUCAUCAGACGAUCCAUCAGGACUAAAGUCCGGCCAGAGUGCGGUCAUGUCCGUAUACCAGGCUAUGAUUGCCGGAUUGUCCCGUUAUGUUACAAUUAUAUGGUGCAAGAACCUAAUGGCGCAUUGCCUUUGGAUCCUAAUCGAUACCGGCGGCAAUGAACAGCAGUACACCUGCAAGGUGGAUCUCAAGCCCUGGCAUUUCUGGAACAAGAAAGGAUUCAAGUAUUUCGAAGUCGCGGGAAACAAGAUCGAAGUGUUUUGGGACCUCCGGACGGCAAAAUUUUCCGGCGGCCCGGAGCCCCACGGUGAAUUCUACGUUGCCAUCACCUGUGACAACGAGGUCGUUCUGCUACUAGGGGAAUUGAAGAAGGAAGCCUACCGAAAGACCGGAUCAAGGCCUUCGCUCGUUGAUGCCCUGCUGCUGUCCAAGAAAGAGAAUGUCUUUGGAAAAAGGUGUUUCGUCACAAAAGCCAAGUUCGACGAUAGAGGUAAGGAGCAUGAUAUCGUGAUUGAGAGCUCAAUCUCAGUAGCUAAAGAUCCCGAGAUUUGGAUCAGCGUAGAUGGGAUUGUUCUGGUCCAUGUUAAGACUCUGUGCUGGAAGUUCAGAGGGAAUGACACGGUCCUGGUCGACAGCGUGCCUGUUCAAGUUUUUUGGGAUGUCCAUGACUGGAUAUUCAGUCCUGGCUCUGGCCACGCCUUGUUUGUGUUCCAGCCGGGGUCGCCGCCGGAAAACACAGGCAGCGAUAGCUCAUUUUCUAGUAGCUCAGGCUCAAUUCAGGGUUAUUGUUUGAUUUUGUAUGCAUGGAAAAUGGAAUAAAAGAUUGACAUCUUUUUGUGCAGAGAAAGUGGUAUAAUUU